ACCCUUGAGUUCAUUAAUGGAAUGGCUGAAAUAUACCGCAGUGAACAUGAACAUUCUAUAGUAUUUAAAGAAAAAAUUCGUAAAUUAUUUGGUGAAGAAUUAAGAAUGAUUAGCCUGGAAGAUGAUUCUAAAAAUGAUAGUGUAUUGGAAUCUAAUGUCUUUUCGAAAAGUGUUUUACGCUUUCUUGUUAAAAUGAAAAAUAAAAUUGGCACUGGAAAACUUGUUAAUCACAAGCUUCUUUGGAGAGCCAUAACAAAAGAUGGGCAGAAAAUUAUUGCUAACAAAGAGAUGGUGGACGGUUUCUAUAUGGUAGUGAUGGAUUAUGUUAAGGCAGAACCACUUUAUAACUGUAGCUCACUUAGUUGUAAUAAAUAUAAGGCAAUUUUAAGGGAUAUCAAAGAAGCUAUUGACAAAUUGCAUGAGAAAAGUAUAGUUUUUGCUGACCUCUGUGAUUCCAACAUUCUAGUUGACAAAUCUCAAGGCCAAUAUAAAAGAAUGCUUAUAGAUUUUGAUUGGGCUAGUAAAGAUGAAAUUGAGUGCUCACCAUCUUUUAUGAAUCAUAAACAUAUUACUGAAGAAAAGACUAAAGACUUAUCCGAAACUGUUUCAUUACAAGAAUUAAAUUCAAAGCUUAUUGUCAUAAUUGCAAAACUUAGAAGGGAGAAUUCUGAAAUCAAGACUGAGAACAUCGAACUUAAAGCUGAGAAUAGUAUGGUGUGCAAUCAAAUCGUUACUAAUAUUUCGCAAGAUGUAGAACCUGAAAUCUCUGAUUCAUAUCCUGUAAAUUCUAAUAAUGUUCCUGAAGAUAUAAAUUUACUAUGUGAUGAUAUUAAUAUAACUAAUAAUGCUUCAAAUUCUGAUAAGCAUCAAGAAGAAACUUUAUCUCGAGUCUCCAAUUUAUUUUCGACUGUAUUAGCCAUAUGUGUAAAGCCUAAAUCAUUAGAAGAUAAAAAAAUAGAUAAUUUUCUGAUUGAAAAACAUAAUGAACAGAUUCGUAAUAAAAUAAGAGAAAAAAAGCUUCAAUAUAGGCUACCUAUUGAAAGUUCUCCAAAAGAGGACAUUUACAUAUCUAAUAUUAAAUCUAGUAUUCCUCUCAAGCAGAAAAAGAAGCAAGGUUUAAUACAAGAGAUUUCAACAUUUAUUAAAGAUCAGAAUAAUAUAACUAGAAUUUCACAGAACAAUGUUCGUCAAAAUCAUAUAACUGAAGAACCAGAAACUGUAAAUAUAUUCAAUAAGUAUAAUGAAAAUGAUGGUGAAUUCUCUGAUGAUAACGACGAUAAAUUUUCUGAUAAUAAUAAUAAUGGAGAUUAUUGCAGUUUUUCUAACAAAGAUAAACCUG